CUAUCCGGGCUAAACCAAGACCUGGGGGGUUAUUGAGAGACGGGCUCCACUGAACUGGGGAACUGUGAAGUUGUCAAAUAACUGUAAAAUACAGUAUAACAUUUCGGUCAAAUAAGCUCCUGUCAACGCACUGGUGACGCCAGUACACUUAUAUCACAAGUUAAGCCAUGUCAACCCCGGCUAGAAGAAGACUUAUGAGAGAUUUUAAACGGCUACAAGAGGAUCCUCCAGCCGGUGUCAGUGGAGCCCCAUCUGAAAACAACAUCAUGGUGUGGAACGCAGUCAUAUUUGGCCCUGAAGGAACUCCCUUUGAGGAUGGUACAUUUAAACUCAUUGUAGAAUUCACAGAAGAAUAUCCCAACAAACCCCCCACAGUACGAUUUGUGUCGAAGAUGUUUCAUCCAAACGUCUAUGCAGAUGGAAGUAUAUGUCUAGACAUCCUACAGAACCGCUGGAGUCCCACUUAUGAUGUGUCCUCUAUUCUUACAUCUAUUCAGUCCCUGCUUGACGAACCAAACCCCAACAGUCCAGCCAACAGCCAGGCAGCUCAGCUGUACCAGGAGAACAAGCGGGAGUACGAGAAGCGUGUGUCUGCCAUCGUAGAACAAAGCUGGAGGGACAGUUGACCUGACAAACCUGAAAGCUGCUCUCUCCAUUGUGAAGCUGUGUGUGCUGCAAGUUUUAGUGGAGUACCUCUUUUUUUUGGCCUCCCCACCUUUUUAAUUUCAAGCUUUUAUGCACUUUACCUUCCACUUCCCUUCAUAGAAUGUUUUCCUUGCCCACUGAGAAGGGUUUGUUUUUUUUUUCUAUUCUAUCCCACUUUUCCAGUUUAUCAGGGGAAAUGUGCUGAAUCUUGCCUUGGAUGUUUUGUCAGGAUAGACUUGAGGGCCAUUAACCAAAAAAAAGAAAAUAUAUCUGGUGUGUUCUGACUUGCUGUAAAAAAAAACUCCUCGAGUAAUUAUGUUAAAUGACUCUCAGUUACGUCACAGGUCCGUUUUUUUGUUGUGCACCUGAUCUGUUUUUGUCGGUUUUAUAUUCGCGAGGUCGGUGGGAGAAUGAGCAGCCCGAGGACUACGACUAAAUCAGACAUCCUCACAUCAUGUCUUUUGCUGUGUUGUGAAUUGUUACAUGCAUGACGGAGUGUAUUCACGAUCCUGUUCAGUUCUCAUGUAUAUAAAGAAUCCUGCAACUGAAAUUAUGUACAGAUUUUGCACUGGUUGUUCCCCGUGUCACUUUUCCAGUACUUGUAAAUAAAAAAGGCAAAUUCAUCCUUA